CAGGGAGUCCACGCUUUUAUUUUUUUGUCUCAUGGCUGCAGCAUUCGCAAGACAACUUCUCUCCAAGCCGCACAGACCAUGCAAUUAAUAAGGAUUUUUUUUAAAAGACUCUGUUAUUUGAAUUGUUGAGGCAAGAGGAUGGUGUGUUUUCUUUUCAUGAAAGCUCUGUGAUUGCUCUCUUCUCCAUGAUCUGCCUGUCCUGCGCCUUGCAGAACGAAUCCGCUGGACUGGUGCCUUCCUAUUGAGAGGCAAGAGGCAUAGACACCAGCCCGCAUCCGAGCGCAACCAAAAAACAGCUUGCUGUUUGACCACAAAACAAAAACAAAAACAUAAUAAGAAGAAGAUACACCCUUUGCUCCUGGUGUUGCAGGGUUUACCUCACGUGUAUUUCACCUAGAAGUUCAUGUGCAGGAGUACUGCUCCAGCGGGACAGACAGUAUGGGACAGCCGGACAGAGCAGGGAGAGGAUGGAGAGGAUGGACGGUGCUGCUUUGGGUCGCCGCUGUCACUCUGGUGCUUGCGGAGGGCAGGAGAGUGAGGCAGCCCAGAUGCCCGGCUGGAUGCACAUGUACCAAAGAUAAUGCCCUGUGUGAGAACGUCAGAUCCGUCCCUCACACCUUCCCCCCCGAUGUCGUUUCAUUAUCUUUUGUCAAGUCCGGAUUCAAUGAAAUCACUGGAGGGAGCUUCGUCCACACACCUGCCCUGCAGCUCCUCUUGUUCACAGCCAAUUCAUUUGACUUAAUCGAUGAAGAUGCUUUCCUUGGUUUACCACAUUUGGAAUACUUAUUCAUUGAAAACAACAAAAUUGCAUCAAUAUCCCCGUAUGCAUUCCGGGGCCUCAAAGCACUUAUUCAUCUGAGUCUGGCUUACAACAACCUCGAGACGCUGCCCAAAGAUGUUUUCAAGGGCAUGGACGCUUUGACUAAAGUGGAUCUGCGGGGCAACAAUCUGAUAUGUGACUGUAAGCUCAAGUGGUUGGUGGAGUGGAUGCACCACACCAACGCCACCCUGGAUCAGAUCUACUGCAGCGGGCCGCCCAUUCACCAGGGCAAGAAGAUCAACGACCUGCUGCCACACUCUUUUGACUGCAUCACAGCAGAAUUUGCUUCCUAUCAGUCCCUGAAGUUUGAGUCCAUUUCGGUGGAGGCUUUUACCUUUGGAAAAGAUCAGUAUGUUGUGUUUGCCCAACCCUUUGCCGGGACCUGCAGCUUCCUGGAAUGGGAUCAUGUUGAGAUGACCUUCAGAACCUACGACACCAUAGAAAGCACCUCCACUGUCGUCUGCAAGCCCAUGGUGAUUGACAACCUCCUCUUUGUCAUUGUGGCCCAACUGUUUGGGGGCUCGCACAUCUACAAACGUGACACCUCUGCCAACAAGUUCAUCAAGAUCCAAGACAUUGACAUCCUAAAGAUCCGCAAACCCAACGACAUCGAGACCUUCAUGACCGAUGGAGAGUCUUUCUUUGUUAUCGCCGACAGCUCCAAGGCCGGCUCCACAACAGUGUACAAAUGGAACGGCAAUGGGUUCUACUCCCACCAGUCGCUCCACCCGUGGUACCGGGACACGGAUGUGGAGUAUCUGGAGAUCUCCAACAAACCCCACCUGAUCCUGUCCAGCAGCUCCCAGAGGCCUGUGGUCUACCAGUGGAACAGGAGCCAGAAACAGUUUGAGCGCAGGACUGACAUACCGGAAAUGGAAGACGUCUUCUCCGUCAAACACUUCCGGGUCAAAGGUGAGCUGUUCAUCUGCUUGACAAGGUUCAUCGGGGACUCCAAGGUGAUGCGCUGGGAUGGCGCCAUGUUCAAGGAGGUCCAGACAUUUCCUUCCCGCGGCUCUAUGGUGUUUCAGCCAGUCUCCAUCGGCAACUGGCAGUAUGCCAUCUUGGGCAGCGAUUAUUCACUGACGCAGGUCUACCAAUGGGACACCAAGAGGGGCCAGUUUGUCUCAUCACAGGAGCUGAAUAUACAGGCACCCCGGGCGUUCUCGCUGGUAUCCAUUGACGACCGGGAGUUCCUGCUUGCUUCAAGUUUCAAGGGGAAAACUCAGAUAUAUGAGCACCUAAUGAUCGACCUGAGUAAUUAAAACCACCACCGUUUUGGGACAAACCAUGUAUUUAAAUCCCGUUCCUUUUUUCUUUUCUUCUCUGUGAUUUAUUGAACUUUUAAGACCCAAAAGAAUCGGCAGAAUGAAUUAGAAGUUUCCUUCUAAGUACAGACUGACCCCCAAGGGAGAUUCAGUCAGAAACUCCAACUAUCUGAAAGAUUUUUAAAUAUGAUUCAGCGCUUUUUAAAGUGAUGGGAACUAAUAGGGCAUUGCUAAGCAGUCCAGGUCCAGUUAUCAAAAUGCAUUCAUUUACUGUGAUCACUUGGUUGCAUUUCAGCCUUACAUUGAGUGUAAGGCUCCAGAUUACUAAAACAUAUUCUAUAGUGCCCCAGAUGGCUGAUGCAACCUGCUGCAGCCAUUUCAUUUUCAUAUGGGCCUUGAGGUAAAGUGCAUGAUAUUUGCAUCUUGCUCUCUUCCACUUUGGGAAUGCCUUAUUUUCCAUUUGAAAAAAAAAAAAAAGAAAAAAAAAAACUUUUUUCCAUUUGAAUUGCGAAAUGACGAUCUUCCAGGUGGAAAAGCUCUGAUAUCAUUGCUUUUGCCACCUCUUCCUGACCCAGCUGCAGGUCUACUCCAUUGGACCUAGCCUGCUAUGUUCUAAAUGAAAUGCUUGUGCCAUUCAACACUCUAAAUAAAAGUAAAAUAUAUUAUAACACUUGUAAGCAUUAGAUAGGAAAGACUUAGGGAUUCCAAGAUUGUAAAAUUAGAGCUUGUUAGUGCCACUGACCUUGGUACAAGAUAGACAGAGUUUGUAAAUCUAACCCACUUGGUGAUUGUCCCUCCUAGGAUAACCUUGGUUUCAUUGUGUGAGAGGCAAGUCACAGAAAUGUAACUGAAUCCUUUUCAAGAUGUAGUCUGACGCACGUUCCACAAAAACAAUGAAACAGUAGCAGUGAAUGGAGAGACUGCUGUGGAGAAUGCUGCUGAGCACUGAUAGAGGAGGAAAUGUUAGAACGAGCAGGGCCUGAGGAUAACACCAAGCACCAACCAAAAUGCUUUUAUAUAUUUCAACUCUACUAGCCACUUUGGCAGCUAGCCAGCCUAUGUUCAGUGUGUGCUUCCUAAAGACAGUCACUCUUAAAGAAAUUACAAGUCUGAAGCCACUUAUCACUGACUAACAAAAAAGUUUUCUGCCCUGAUUAUGACCAUCAGUUUGGUAAGACAGUACGCAUGAUGCAGACACACUCAUAAUGUUGAUUCCUGAUGAAUGACUCGCUAGAAGCGUCGCACUGUGUGGCCCGGCCCUCUCUCUCUUUCACUGCACUCUUGCCCCUUUUCUCCCUCGGUGACAAAGCCAUUGUUGUCUUUACUCUGCAACUAAAAGCCAGCCACUGUGCAGCACCUAGCACCUGUAGCUUCACAUGUUCCACUUACCCCGACACGGAGGAAACACAGCCCUGACAGCAAUUAACAACUUGACUGACAACAGUUUGCCAAAUAAAAUGUUUACGUUUUUACAAUGUUGUGUAAAGUAAUUUAUAUGAUACUGCUUUUGUAUGUAGAGGGGACCACACUCAGUGUUUUAUGAUUCAAAGUAUUAGAAUUUAGUGUAGAUAUUUGAAAAAAAAAAAACCCAACACACAAUACACCCACUUGCUAAAAUUCUGUGUAACACUUUUGCAAAACAUAUAAAGUAUUUCCGUCCGUCUAAUUUAGUUAGUAAAGAGUAGAUGAUGUAACAGUCCCUAGCCAUUUCUUUGUUUUGUUAUCUUGCCCUAUAUGUACAGUGGUAAUAAAAUGCUUAAUAAAAUGUUCAAUCAUAAAUGUA